UUUAUUUUUAAAUUAUUUUUAAAUCAGUUAAUUAAUAUGUCAUUACGGAGAAGGUUACUUGCUGUCAGAAAUAUAAAAACGUUACAAAGAAUAUUUGUUGACAGAACAAUUUUUCAAUCCUCACAAAAGGUUUGGAAUUAUAUCUAAGCUCGAUUUUAUUUACUAUAUUGUAUAACACUUCUAAAUUCUAUUGCAACCAAAAAAAUUUUCUAUUUUUAAUCAAUAUUAGUUAUAACUUGAUAAUCUGACUAUAUUUUCCAAAUUAGAAAUAAUCAACAUACAUUAGCAAAGAAAUUAUGUGCUGGAUCAUCAUUUAUGGCCAUGGGUAUUUGGGGUUUCACGAAAAAGAAAACUGAGAAUGAAGCAGUCAUAACUACAAAAGAAGUUUUAAUAGCAAAAGCUGAUGCAUUGUACGAUCAGGAACAAUAUCAAGAAAUAUAUGGACUUCUGAUAAAUUAUAAAGACAGUGAAGAUGUUGAAAUUAUAUGGCGUUUGUGUAGAGCAAUGUAUAAAAUAUCUAAGACUAGUAAUGAAGUAGAUGGAAAGAAGUUAAUUUUUGAUGCUUGUGAUUUAAUAUUUGAAGCACUUAAAAUAAAAGAGGAUCAUUGGUCGGUACACAAAUGGGCAUCAAUUCUUCUUAAUUCUAAGACCUUUUAUGAAGGAAUAAAAGCUCAAAUAAAAGAGUCAUAUAACAUUAAGAAACAUAUGCUGAGAGCAAUAGAAUUAAAUCCAGAGGAACCAACACUUAUGUAUAUGUUAGGCAAUUGGUGUUAUCAAGUUGCUGAUUUAACUUGGUAUCAAAGAAAAAUUGCGUCAGUGAUAUUUGGAGAACCGCCUUCAUCAUCAUUUGAGGAAGCUUUGAAAUAUUUUGAAACUGCAGAAGAAAUUGAUCCCAAUUUUUACAGUCAAAAUUUGUUAAUGUUGGGGAAGACUUAUCUAAAAUUAAAUCAAAAAGGUCAAGCUUUGAAAUACUUAAAAAUGACCGUUGAAUAUCCAGCAAAAAAUGAAGAUGAUCGCGAUGCUAAGCAGGAAGCACAAAAAUUGUUAAAGAACUUUUGAUGGACAUUGUAUGAAUCAUAAUUAUACAAUGGAUGAUUGCACGUAAGGCUUAAAUAAGUUUUUAGUUUAAAGGAUAAGUUAAAAUUAAAAUCAUUACUUCUGAAGUAGCAAUUAUUCCUAUUUCAAGUAAGAUACAAUGUAAAUUUUACACUAAUUAACUAUUUUACUUUUAUAUAUACACUGUUACAAAGUUUAUAUAUA